AUGGGCGCUGUGCUUGUUGACAACCUCCGCCCACCAGUUCAGCGUGGAAUGCUUUUCUACCUCUACGAUAACGCAAUCAGAGCGAUACAGGAGAAACGAGCAGAGCUCCAGAAAAGACGAGAAAGAAAAAUGAUGAAGGCAGAUAAUGUGAAAGCCAAGGAAUCAACCGAUUCCAGCGAAGAUAUCGACCCCGAGGCAAUUGUGAGAGACAUCGUCAAAUCUUCGCAUCGAAGAGCUGCUCGUGAACGAAAACAAGGUAUCGAUCACUGCAGAAAACCUUUCAUCUAUCUUAUGAGACACCCUUAUUCCGUGCAAGUGGACGAAAAUCGCCGAAAUGUCGAUGGUUCCAUGGUCAGAUAUGACCCCUUCAACGAAACAAAGCCACUAGUACAAGUUGACGAAAGCGCGGAAGCUGCUACCGGCACGGAAUCAAAGACGAUCAGGAGCAAAAGUCGGAGUGUUUCACACAUUUUCAUAGGAAAAGAGGUUACGGUAGACGAGAUAGCCAGCGCCAUUAUUAGAAUGGAGACUGAUCUUCUCAAAAGGAAAGGGGCUUCUUUACAGAUGACUAAAGCCUCUGUGAUUAGCGUUAUUGAGGAGGUUCAGCGUUACAUCAUUGACCAGUUGAAGCUCGAUCCAGAAGAUUUCGUCAGCGUCCGACUUCAGUCUACAGCCUCCUCCACUCGUCUUAUCCUCAAUGCUCAAAAUCAGGCGCCUCGCAUGACUGAAAAAAUCCAGAAGAUCCAACUUGAAGGCGCAAUGAAGCUAUGUAAACUGAAGAAUGGCGAUGAUAAAUGCAUAGCUCUGAGGAAGAAAAGGAGUGGAAUCCUCACUUACGAAGGCAAAGAGGUUACGGUGGGGGUGAUUGUAAAGGCCAUAGCGAAGAUGAUUCGUGAGAUCUACGGGAAGAAACCUCCAUUUAGGAUAUCACGUUCAGGGCUUACUGAGUUUAUCACCAACAAACAGGAAAAGAUUCUCAAAGCUCUGAAGCUGAAGUCUCCUGACUGGACCCUUCCGGAAGAGCUCCAGAAAAGAACGGCGAGCAUCGCUGGAGUCCAGCAUCGAGGCCAGAAUGUUGAGGAAUUACCAGGUUACCGAGCUGUUGAAAAUAAAAAGACUCGUAAGAAGAAGAAGAAGCCACGACCUCCCGUUAACCCGGCAGAAUCUUUUCGGGUCAUUCGGGAGCCACCGAAGGACCGCACUCAGAAGACCAGGACAGUAGACACAGCUGUGGAGCGUGUGGACAAGGAAAUAAUGGGAUCUGUUCAGUCCAGGGCGCCAGCGCCGGCCCAUUUCGAAGUCGAAAAGGAGGAAGUGUGGUCCACUGACGAGGGAUCCUACGGUACUGAUAGAAGUGACUCUAGCAGAGAACUACCAGCCAUUCGAGGUAAAUUUGCCAGAAGUUACCUUGGCCGUCUGAAUGCACUUCGUGGCAGGACUGACAGACCGUUCAGCUACAGCUGCAACAGGAACAGUCGAUAUCGAGGGCGUCUGCACAAGAUGUUCCUCAGUGAAAUGAGCCCACGCAAAGAGAAGAAGAAAAAUCCCUCAAAGAAAACAACGUCUACAAAAUCCGCUGAAGAGGAGAGAUUGUCAUCAGCGAACCCCGUUGAGGUAACAGCACCUGUUCUGGCCGACUAUUCAUCAAUUCAUGGACGCAUGGCUGCCGCGCCAACAAACAUCGUCAUCAGGACCGUUGAGAAAAAGUCGAAGAAGAGAGGGAAGAAAGGAUGGCGUAAAUCGUGGAUUUGA